AUGUCUUUGGCAGUUGGAGCUGUGUCUAGUUCCAAGAACAUGGGUGGAUUUGAUGAAAACAAGGAGGUUGGAAGGGAGAAGAGUGGAGUUCAAGAGAGUGGAGAUGAAAGAGAAGAAAACAUGAAAAGAACCAUGAGUGAGUCUUCUUUCUAUACAACUGAUAAUGAAGAAGAUGAGGAGGGUAAUAAAAUUGAACUGGGUCCUCAGUACACCAUUAAAGAACAGCUUGAGAAGGAUAAGGAUGAUGAGAGUCUGCGGAGGUGGAAGGAACAGCUCCUUGGGAGUGUGGAUAUGAACAUUGUUGGAGGUAUUAAUUUUGUUGAUGAUGAUAACAAGUGCCACUUGGAGAUCAACUACACCUUUGACAUCCGGAAAGAUUGGGCCAACCCUUAA